AUGGAUCACUUGUAUUCGCGUAACUUCUGGUCUCCCGACGAUUCUGCCUGCUCGUUUCUGCUAGGACACUUCAAUGGAGGCUCCAAGACUGCAGACGCUGUGCUUGCCUUCUACAAAGAACGAAUGGCGAUAGAGCAAGAGUAUGCCAAACGUUUGUGCACCCUUUCACGGAAGAUUGACCUUGGCAAGCACGAAAUAACAGGCAGUCUGAAAAGCAGUCUUGAUGUGCUUGCUCAGGAAACCGAACAACUUGGCAACAGUCAUUAUUCUCAGGCAAACAAGAUUGCAACCGAUGUGUAUAAACCUCUGACUGAAUAUGCAACAGAUCGCAAAAACCAAGGCAAAAUACUCGAUUCUGGACUGUCCAAGCUGAUGAAACACAAAAGAAACCUUGAAUCCAAGGUUGAGCUUGCUCGCAAGAAGUAUGAAGCUCACUGGGUGAAGGUCAAUAAUUAUAAAACACAGCAGAUUCUUAUGGAUGAGACAGAAGCUUAUAGGACACAAAUGAAGGUGAACAAACUCAUGGAUCAGAUGAGUGAGGCACGUGAUGACUACCGUGGCCUUGUUAAUGAGUACAAUAAUAUGCUGAAUGUGUGGAAAAACGAGUGGUUCUCUGCCUGUGAAAACCUGCAGUCUAUGGAGGAGGAGAAAAUCAAAUUCCUGAAGGCCAACAUUUGGGAAUAUGCAAAUAUUGUGAGCUCGACGUGUAUUUCAGACGAUCAAAGUUGUGAAAAUGUCCGUCUGAGUCUCGAGAAAUGCUCGUAUCGAGCUGACAUUACAUCCUUUGUUGAGGAGUUCAAAACAGGCAAUACCAUGUCUUCACCUGUGAACUUCAUCGACUAUGCCCGCGGAGACAUUCCUCAAAGAAAAGGCGGGAUCCAGACGGUCGAUCUCACCAGCAUUCCUAAAAUCACCGAACAGCGCGAACAAUUGGGACGCAAAAAGAUUCCACCUCCAAAGCCAACCCAAGAGCAGCAGAUGCAAUUUGAUCUCAUUGAUAGACGCGAGGAGACAUUCAAGCAGCUACAGGAACAGGCCCAGCUUGAAGCCUCUCAGCUGCGGAGCACAGGAACAAAAACUGCCUCUGAGCCAAGCUCUAACCUCGUUUUCUCGGAAUAUUCUGACGGAACGGAAGCCUCGAGCUCCCACGAAGACGAGUUCAAACAGUCGAAGCAAGAGUCCACAUACUCCAAUCCUCUGCUGCAUUCUCUGGUAUCCGACAAACCAACUGAGCCUAUUCGGCUGAAGAAGUUUAAUAUUUUUGGCAAGACUGAGAAGCCAGUGAACCCAUUAGAAGCCUAUUUGAGCGACCUUCAAUUAGGUGGAAAUGGCGACAUGUCCAAAUUCCGUGACUCGAUGCAGAUCAGUGAUGAAUCGAAGCAGGAAAAGAACGACAAUCGAGCACCGUCUUUCACCUUCAGCAGGAACAACUCCGUCAGAAAAUCAAAAUCGUCCACCACCUUGAAAGGAAAGUUUGUGAACCACGCGAACCUGCCAUCGCGCUCAUCAGAAGGCUUCCCUGUUCUCAAAUACUGCCGAGCUCAGUACUCAUACAAUGCCAGCAUCGAGCAGGAACUGUCCUUCAAAAAGCGUGAUAUUCUAAUGAUCCUGCAUCAGCAACCUGACGGAUGGUGGUUUGCGGAAAACAUCAACACAGGAAAGUCGGGCCUUGCCCCUAGCAACUAUCUCGUUGAUAUGUAA